GUACGUGGCACGGAGGUAGAGGUAGUCCAUCAGCCAAGGCAUUCUUGCUUGCAACACCAGUUAAGCCCAGAGGGGGAUAGAAGACCAGUGACCGCAGCCGAAGAGAUUUUAAACUGACAUUGUAGGUAAAGACUGUGUGUGUGUGUUCAGAGAAGGUUCUUGACUGUUCGAUAUUUUGAUUCCGUUUGCAUGAAACGAUAUUCCUGUGUAUGCAGCCAUCAUCAGCUGCAGAUAAUCAGUAGUAGUGCGAGAACGUAGAAUAUUUGUUAUUGAUUGUCGUCAACAAAAUGGCGCAACUCAGUCCCUUAGCACAAGCAAACAGUCCUACAGGACAGAAAAGAGAAGUACCCGAGGACAAUGAUGAAGUUGCAGGUCAGCUAUCUCCUGGUCAAGACAUGAAAAACGACAUGCCCUCAGCAUUUGGACUCAUAGAAUCUCCUGAGGAACGUCGAGACCUGGUGGGGGGUCACGCCGCCAGUCUAGUCCCCAUUUCCAGCAUCGGUAGCGUGGGUUCUACAGCCACUUUCAGCACCACCCCUAGACUCACCCACACACCCACCUCAGCCGACUUCCAGCCGCCCUAUUUCCCACCGCCGUACAACCUGCCACAGCAACACUUAGACUUCCACCACCCCCACGUAAAUGCUGAUCCUUAUACUCAUCUGAACAGUCUUGCGGCCGCCCAACACCCACAACAAUACCACCAACUCCACCCCCCUCAGCGGACCCACAAUGUUUUUGGAGCCCGACGGGAGGACGAACCUCUCCAUCUUCAACCCAAUGUCCACCCAGGACUUACUGGAUCCUACGAUUUGGCUCGUCGAACAGAUCCUACUUAUCCUAGUGUCCGACGUCCGGACGUCGCAAUGCAUGGCGGUCAUCAUGGUCUGAGCGAACAAGACCUUAUUAAUCUUCACAAUGCAGGAACUUUACCAGCUAUUGAGGACACUCAGGCCACAGGAGUUGAAGAUGCUAACAAUAUAUUUGGAGAACAUAACAGUGUUAUAAGAAAAGGUCGGUUGACGUACCCCGUGUUCCCUCCGUCUCUCCUUCUAACAGGCAUCAAACCAAGACACAGUGACAACUGCAGGGAAAUGGUCAUUACAGGUGUCACUUCACCCACUGAUGUGUUCUGCUCCGUGCCUGGCCGCUUGUCCCUGCUCAGUUCCACAUCAAAGUACAAAGUGACUGUAGGGGAGGUCCAACGCCGGUUAUCCCCACCAGAGUGCCUCAAUGCCUCGCUAUUAGGAGGAGUUUUGAGAAGGGCUAAAUCAAAAAAUGGCGGAAGAUCUCUUCGUGAAAAACUUGAGAAAAUUGGCUUAAACCUCCCGGCAGGAAGGCGGAAAGCUGCUAACGUCACACUUCUUACGUCACUUGUAGAAGGUGAAGCAAUCCAUCUGGCACGAGAUUUCGGAUAUGUAUGCGAGACCGAAUUUCCCUCCCGCCAGGUAGCAGAGUAUUUAUGCAGAAACCACAGUGACCCAACAGAAGUGUACAGAAGAAAAGAACUGCUACUAGCUACCAAACAAACAUUAAAAGAGUUAUCCGAUUUACUAAAUCAAGACAGAUCGCCCUUGUGCAAUACUAGGCCUCAAAGCAUUUUGGAUCCUAACAUACAGCGCCAUCUGACGCAUUUCUCCCUCAUAACUCACGGGUUCGGCAGUCCUGCUGUGGUGGCAGCCCUCACUGCAGUUCAGAACUACCUUACGGAGUCGCUCAAGUACAUGGAAAAACAGUUGAACAACUACCAGACAACAACCCCCGGCCACGUAACCGCUGCGGGCAAUGGGGUUGAUACUAAAAAAGAAGACAAAAAAUAAGGACCAAUAGAGAGAAUUAAAUCUUUUUUUCCUCCCUUGAUUUCGAAAGAUAGAAGGUCCUCCAAAUGCUCAAAAACAAUUUUGAGGAAGGUGAAGUAGAUACGUAGCUAUGAUUUCAAUGUUUAUAAUUUAGUAGAACAGUUUGUCACAGUAGAUACCUCGAUUUUGGGGUAGCAAAAACAUUAUAAUUGAUAAACAGAAAGAAAGGAGGUGUGCUCAAUUCGUCUACCGUGCUUGGUGCCGCCUAUUUUUUUGCCCCAAAAAUUCUAUAGCUGCAAUAAAAUGACCCGUCGAAAAGAAUAUUGCCAAAUCAUCCCUCAUCAUAGUAUGUAUAUCUAUUGCCAUAAGAAGUUAAACUUAACUUGUAUGCCAUAAAGGUAAAAUCUGAUAUUGGCUACAUUGGAACUCAGAACAGCAUCUAUUGCCAUAAGAAGUUGAACUUGUCUUGUUUUAAAAGAAAAGUUCAUAUUGAUUAUUCUGGAAUAAGAGACAUUGGCACAUGGAUAUGAAAGAGAUUCUUUGAACCAAGAAUCUUGAUGACAUAAUACGAAUGUAAUCAGUGUGAUGUCCAAGAACUCUUUUGGAAAAUAAAUUAUUAUAGUUUUGUUUUACAGUCUGAUCAGAACUUGAAGUUUUAUAGUAUAAACAUAGUAAUUUGCCAUAAAGACACAUUAUCCAACAUUGAAUGCUCAUUUCACGUCGGUUGUGGAAAUGUACAAGGUGUGCAUUUUGUUGUUUUGCAACAAUAAAAGUCUCGCCAAAAGUAAAUUCGACAUGUGCCAGAAAAUUGAAGCAUUUGUCUUUUAUCUAUGUUCUGUUGAUAAGUAAUUGCAUGACAUAAGUUCUCAGCGCCAUGUUAUUUUUGUAGUAUUAGAGUUGGAAAGUAAAAUAUACCUGUUAAAGACUAAUAGAUAUCAGUUUGCUUUCUGAAAGAGUAUUUGUUUUGCAUUAUGUGCAUUUGUAUUUUAAUUCUAUUUGAGUUAGAUGAAAAAAAGAAUCUUUGUAUAGAAAAAGCUAGAUGACAUUGGAAGUAGAGGAGUUUUUGUAGUA